AUGACUCCCAGGACACCAUCAUCUUUUGAUGAUUAUACGGUCGGAUGGAUCUGCGCCUUGCCCUUAGAGAUGGCAGCUGCGAAAUUGAUGUUGGACGUAGUACACCCAACUCUACCUCGACCGUCGUCAGAUAACAAUACAUAUGUCUUUGGAAAUAUCGGUGGACACAACAUUGUUAUUGCCUGUUUACCAAGUGGCGCAUAUGGCAAUGUCUCAGCUGCAACGGUUGCAAUGCAGCUGCUGUCCAGCUUUCACUCAAUAAGAUUUGGUCUAAUGGUCGGCAUCGGUGGGGGAGUUCAUAGCAGCAAAGCAGAUAUUCGACUGGGUGACAUUGUGGUGAGCCAGCCGGCGCAUACAUCUGGGGGUGUCAUUCAAUUCGACCUUGGUAAAACGUUAAGCGGCGGUCAGUUCCCGCGAACAGGAAUGCUAAACCGACCACCGAAAGUGCUAUUGACCGCCCUCGCUGCGCUACAAGCAUCUCACUUCGCAGCAAGUAAUCGCAUUCAGGAAUUCCUUUCUGAAAUUCCGACCAAAACGACGCCUCAAAGCGCUACAAACUUCACUCGACCAACGACAGAAGACUGUUCAUUUCAAGUGGACUACUGCCAUGAAGCACAUACUUGUAGAGACUGCGAUCGAUCUAAGCUGGUUCAACGACCUCCACGAGAUAUUGAGGAGCCAGUCAUUCACUAUGGCCUGAUUGCAUCCGCUAAUCAGGUAGUAAAGGACGGUAGGCUGCGAGACCUACUGGCUCAGGAACUCGGGGUAUACUGCGUGGAGAUGGAAGCUGCGGGACUCAUGAAUGAUUUUCCCUGUCUAGUCAUCCGUGGCAUCUGCGACUACGCAGACUCGCAUAAGAAUAAGGAAUGGCAAGGGUAUGCGGCAGCAGUAGCGGCAGCCUACGCCAAAGAACUACUUUUGGUAGUCCCUAUCGACCAGGUCAACAAUACUUUAAUGGCACAAGACCCUUCAGAAGACCCUAGUAAGAGAACACUAACUUCAAUCGAUGGCACUCGGUCUGCAAACCUUACUAACAAAGGCUUUACACGCAUAGCUCACCGGUUUAAUGUCCCACUGGACCUUACUGCAGUGCCUAUAGUUGAAAGAUUUAUAGGGCGAGAAGAUGAGCUGAAUCACCUAUGGCAGUAUUUACAGCCAGUGAAUCCACAGUCACGAAAAGUAGCCAUUCUUCAUGGUCUCGGAGGGAUAGGAAAGACACAGCUAGCCAUCCCCUUCGCCCGGGAUCACAGUCACGAUUUCACUGCCAUAUUUUGGCUGAAUGGCAAGGAUCGAGUUACACUCCUACAAUCUUUGAGCUCCGAUCUCCCCUGUUUACCAGGACAGUCCCAGAACAAGGAAGCGAUCAACGAAGAAGAAGUGAAGAAACGAGCGAGAGACGUCUUGCAGUGGUUAGCAUUAGAGGGUAAUUCAGGAUGGCUGGUAAUAUUUGAUAACAUCGACCAAUACUUUUCCAAUAAUAGCUCUGCUGACGAGACAUACGAUAUUGGAGAAUUCUCCCCUGUUGCUGAUCAUGGUUCUAUUCUCAUCACCUCUCGCCUCCAAGAGUUGACUGAACUAGGAAAAUCCUUCAUGAUGCAUAAACUUGACUCUGAGGAUUCAAUCCAGCUUCUCUUACAAAGCAGUCGUCUGCUCUUAGCAAAAGAUACCACUAUCAAGCACGAGAGUACUCCAGAUUUGAUUACUCUCGCGAAUCGUCUUGAUGGACUACCAUUAGCGAUUGUUAUCGCCGGUGCAUUCAUGCGUCAAACCGGAACAAGCGCCAUUGAGUACUUGCAUUAUUACCAAGAACCCUGGUCCGACCUACAGUUUCAGUCAAAACCCGGACGUCAAUACCAGCAUAACUUGCUGCAAACUUGGAUGAUCUCCUAUCGUGACAUUGAGAAGCGAGACCCAAAUGCAGCUCUGAUGCUACUGCUACUUGCUCGAUAUGAUAACCGAGAUAUCUGGACUGUAUCAAGCAAAUUCGCAUUCAAAAUUGGAGUGAGAAGUCUCAUCGACUUCUCGUUCCUUGAUAUCAAAGAACUUGAUGAAAGCUACGCGAUGCACCCAGUGGUACAGGACUGGUGCCUUCAGCUUGCCAGCGCAAAUCAAAUCGUUGAUUCCAUCCAGCUUGAUGAGCUUGCAUUGAUAUCUGUCGGGUACACUGUCCCUGAUGUGAAUGUCAGGAACUAUUCAGAGCUUCAGCAGCGACUGAUUCCACACUCGAACUUUGUACGUCGUCGCAAAUGGUCGAAUAGUGAUAUUGCAGCAACCUCUCGAAACCAAGGCAAGCUCAAGGAUGCUGAGGAGAUGUACCGGCGAGCACUACUAGGCAAGGAGAAAGCGCUAGGCCCGGAUGACUCUUCCACUCUCAACACUGUCCAUAAUCUCGGUCUUCUCUUUAGAAAUCAGGGCAAAUUUGAAGAAGCAGAAGAAAUGUAUCGGCGAGCACUGGCAGGAAGCGAAAAGAAUUCGACUCUGGGUCUAGAUCAUACUUCUACCCUUAGGACAGUCAAUAACCUUGGCAUUCUGUACUCUGAUCAGGGCAGGCUGAAGGAGGCUGAAGUGAUGUUUCAGCGAGCGCUAGCAGGUUACGAGCAGGUCUUAGGUCCAAAUCAUACGUCCACUAUUCAAACAGUCAACAAUCUUGGGGUUCUCUACCAUGAUCAGAACCAGCAAAAGAAGGCAGAAGAGUUCUACCAGCGAGCACUAGCAGGCAAGGAGAAGGCCCUCGGCCUUAGUCAUACAUCUACCCUUGAUACAGUCAACAAUCUGGCCCUUCUUUAUUCUGAGCAAGGCAAAUUGAAUGAGGCAGAAGAGAUGUUUCACCGAGCCCUAGUAGGCUAUGAGAGAGUGAUAGGUUCGGAGCAUACAUCUGCUCUCAGCAUAAUCAACAACCUUGGGAACCUUUACUCUGACCAGGGUAAGCUGAAAGAGGCAGAAGAAAUGUAUCAGCGAGUGCUGGCAGGCUAUGAGCGGGCUCUGGGUCCAGAUCAUACGUCCACUCUCAACACAGUUAACAACCUGGGGGUUCUCUAUUGUGACCAAAAACAGCCAGUGAAGGCAGGGGAAAUGUAUCAACGAGCACUCACAGGUUUCGAGAAAAUCUUCGGUCCGAAUGAUUAUAGAUGUCGGCAUCUAAGGAAUAGUCUAGCCGUACUACGCACUGGAGAUGGAAAGUAG